UUCAGAGAAUAAAAUAGAUUCAGAAAAUUAUGUGCCUAUGACGAAAUAUGAUCAUUCGUCUCUCUUUUUGAAUCUUACAAAUACUACUGAUGAUUUUGUUACUCCUAUAAAAUAUGACAUUUCAAGUGAUUAUUUAGAAAUGGCAUCACCAUCUACUUCUUCACAACCUGAUAACACAGAAGGAUAUAUGACAAUGAGUGCAGUUGGUUCAUUAACUGUUGAUGUCCCUAAUUCACUUCCUUCAAAACAGACAAGUUUAGUAUCAGAUUCACCAUCUAAUUCUUUGGAUCUUCCAAAAGGUUUUGAGGGUUAUGUGCCAAUGGCUCCAGUUGGAAUAACAAUACCAACAGAUUUGCCUCUUCCCAAAAAUAUUAAUUCAAAUUUAAAGCAAGAAGAUGGUUAUUUGGAUAUGACACCUUUAUCUACAUCCUUACCAAAAACAGUCAGUCAGUUACCUGGUGAGUUUUGUAAGUUGAUUUUUAAUGUACUUUGAAAUUUAUUUUUUUAAAUGUUAUUUAUUGAAAGGAAAGCUAAUUAAUGUAAAAAUGAAUAUACUGUGUUAAAUAAUUUUAACACUUCCCAUUUUACUGUUAUAAUGAAACAAAUCUUUAUUUUAUUUUUUCGGCUGUUAUAGAAUAUAACAGGAAAAGUAUGAUAUUAGUCAAAUUUUGAUCCCUGGUUUUUUUAUAUGCUUAGACACUCUAGGAGCUGAAAAAUAUAAAAACUC